AGUAUAACGGUCUGCGUGCGCACGGACAGACGGGCUUCUCCCACAAGUCGAGAUUGUUAUUUUAUUCGCUUUUUUCCCCCAAGAUGAACAGAAUUAUUCUCCAGCUUUUUGCAGUCGGAUUCUGCUUUGCAAUCGGACAAGCUCUUGAGUGCUACAAAUGCAAAAUUGGCCUGUUUAACGUGUGUCUAACUACUAAAGAAACAUGUCAGCAGGGAGAACAGUGUUACAGUGGUAUCGGGAAAGCAGCCGGCGUCUUGGAUAUCUCAAUGAAGGGCUGUCUAGCAGAGGCUGAAUGCAACAAGACCCAACAGGUGAACUUUCCUUCCGACAACUCCAACUCCACCGUCUACACCAUGACCAAGACAUGCUGCUCCACCGAUUUGUGCAACGCCGCGCCCGGUCUUCCUGUGGCCUCUGGUGUCAGCCUGACCAUUGCCACUGUCACUGCUCUGUUUGUGGCCAAUGUCCUGGUUUGACAGAAGAUCUGAGGGAUGACACAAAAUGCAUACACCCACACACACACACACACUACAUAAAUGCACACACAAGCAUUGCCAGGAUUAAAUCAAAGGCCCUCCUCAAACAUGAGCUCUGUAAGCUUUGUCACAGAGCUUGUGUUUUUUCCUCCACAUCUGUCUUGUGUUUACUAUCCUUGAGGUGUAUUGUACUUUUUCCAUUUCACACAAGUGUUUGUCAGUUAGAAUUUAAUUCCCCUUUUUGUUUUUGUAUUUUUAGAUGCAUCAGCCCUCAUUUCAUAAUAGGAGAUAUUACAGUGUUUAGCAGACCAACAAUUUAAAGUCAAUUCAAAGUCUAAAACUCGUGUGUAACACUGACGUGAUUUACGUGCCCUGCAAUUAACUUUAUCCACUUGAAUGAGCGGCAUAAAGUUUUUGUGUUAGGCUGUGAGUGUUUGGAAAAUGUGCUUAUACACUUUUUAUGCUAAGAGUUGCAUUAAAAGAGUGAUUCCACUCUCAUGUCUGUAUGGUAAAUAUGAAGCUAGCUAGACUGUUAGCUUAGCCUAGCUUAGCUUAGCAUAAAGUGUGGAAACAGGUAUACAGCUAGGUAUACAGUUACCUUUACUCAGAACUGGGCUAGCUGCUUCCUUGUAUUUACAGUCUUUAUGCUAAGCUAAGCUAAUGGUAUUCUGGCUAUAGCUUCAUGUUUGUCCUGCAUGCUUGAAAGUCAUCUUGUUUUUCUAAUCUAACUCUAGGAAGAAAUGGGAGUGAAUUCUCAAAUUGUCACACGCUUUUAAUUAAUUUACUUUGAAACACUGUAUAGUUGUUUUAGUCCUAAUAUGCAAAUGCCAAUAUAUGAUUUCAAAGCUUCAGUAAGCAUUUCUAUUUCUGUUCAUUUCAUUUAUUGUCACUUGCUUUGCAAUCAUUUUAUUAAUGAGUAGCUAACAUAAGGUAAAUGGGCCCCUCAGCUUUUGUCUGACAGUAUCUGUGAAAACAUUUGUUUUGCUGCUUUUACUUUCUUUUUUUUUAAUGACAUGAACAGCUCCAUUAAUUCUGUUUUUAACCUCUUGUAUUUUUGAUAGUGGUUUUGAACCUACGCUGCACAUUACUCCUUCGCUGUGGGGUAGAAGCUUUGUUCGUCUUGCUAGUUUUGAAUGUGUAUAUGGGGAAAUGUUAUUGAAUCAAUCAUGUUAUGUUGUGUUUGGAGACAUUGAAAUGUAAUUGAGGUUUCACCAAUUUGAUAUUUGUCAGGGCCAACCAUUGUCUCUAUUUCAUAUUGGCUUGGAUUGUGGCAUGAAUCACAAUCAUUAAAGAUGAAUUACUCCUUCCUGAAACAGACACUUUUGGCAUUAUUUCCGAAAAUGAAACAUGUAAGCCUGUCUGAUUGUUGUUUUUUUUAAACUGGUUCUGUAGACAAUUUGAAGAAUGCAAUAAAUAUCCAAAGUGGGGGAAAGACA